AUGAUGAUGGAAGAAGUACAUGAACUUGACAAAAUGAACAAUGGUCAUGAAAAUGUUGUACCAAUUGUACAAUUGAAAAAAACUAUUGGACUUGCUAGUAGUAUAACAAUUAUAGUUGGUUCUGUUAUUGGUUCUGGAAUAUUUGUUAGUCCAACAGGUAUUAUAGAAAAUGUUCAUAGUAUUGGUGCAAGUCUGAUUAUAUGGGUUGCAUGUGGAAUUUUUAGUAUGUUAGGUGCAUAUUGUUAUGCUGAAUUAGGCACAAUGAUUCAUCGAUCUGGUGGUGAUUAUAUUUAUAUUUAUGAAGCAUUUGGUCCCCUACUUGGUUUUCUUCGUUUAUGGUCUGAAGUUGUUGUUGCUAGACCUGCAUCUGUAGCAAUAAUGGCAAUAACAUUUGGUAAAUAUAUUGCACAACCAAUUUUUCCUGAUUGUAAUCAACCUGAAAUUGCUAUACGUUUUUUAGCCGCUAUAUGUAUUCUUUUAUUAAGUUUUGUCAAUGCAUUCUCUGUACGAAUGUCAACAUUUGUUCAAGAUAUAUUUACUUAUGCUAAAGUAGCUGCUUUAGUAAUGAUUAUUAUUACUGGAUUUGUACAAAUUGGUUUUGGUAAAGUUGAUGGACUUGUCGGUGCAUUCGAUAAUUCAAAUUGGAGUCCAGAUGCAAUAACUAGAGCAUUUUAUGUUGGAUUAUUUGCAUAUUCUGGUUGGAAUUAUUUAAAUUGUAUGAUUGAAGAAAUGCAUAAUCCUCGUCGUGAUUUACCAUUGGCUAUUAUUAUUUCAUGUCUUCUUAUUACAUGUAUUUAUACAAUGGCAAAUGUAGCUUAUGUAACAGUAGUUUCACCUUAUGAAAUAUUAACUACACCAGCUGUAGCCAUUACAUUUGCUAAAAGAAUUUAUGGUGUAAUGUGGUGGAUUAUGCCAAUAUUUGUUGCACUGUCUACAUUCGGUGGUGUAAAUGGUGCAAUUAUGACAACAUCACGUACAUUUUAUGUUGCUAGUCAAGUAAAUCAAAUGCCUAAAUUAUUAUGCUUUUUACAUAUGGAUCGGUUGACACCAAUUUUAGCUGUUAUAUUUACAUGUGUCAUCUCCUUGUGUUAUUUAUUUGUUGGUGAUAUUUACUCAUUAAUUACAUAUCUUGGUUUUGUACAAUGGCUUGCAAUUGGCUUAUGUGUAUUCAUUGUGAUUGUAUUCCGUAUAACUAAACGACAUCAUCCACGUCCAGUGAAAGCACCAAUUUUAUUUCCAAUCAUUUAUGUACUUGUCACUUUAUUCUUAGUGAUUUUUGCUUUUGCUGCUGCACCAACGGAAUCAUUACUAGGAGUUGCUAUUCUUUCUACUGGUAUACCAGUUUACAUCAUUGGAUGUGUAUGGAAAAAUAAACCAAAAUCAUUUCAAAGAAAAUUUGAAUCAUUUACUAUUGCAGUACAGAAAUUGUUUAGAGUUGUACCAUCGAGUUAA